AUGGAUCAGCAACUAAAGAAAAGACCAAGGAAGAGUUCCCAUAAAGGAAUGGGUGAAAAGGCCCAUACCGGGACUAAGCCAAGCCAAGUUAAGCAAUGCCAAGUGCAGAAGGCAAAGAAAUCUGCUAAUACACCACGGGCCUUACACAAUAAUAAUGUGCACUAUAAGACUAACCUUCAGAAUGUUAGAGAGGAGGAGUCCUUCCCUAACUGUUACUUAGAAUGCGUAAUAAGAGGUGAAUUUUCUGAACCUGUCCUAGAAAGGGACUUACUUUUUAAAUCUUGGGAAUAUCUAAGAGAAGAGUCAGAGCAAGAGCUUGCUCAAAAGGUUCUUGCAGAUAAACCACUGCUUGAAUGUUCUUUAGGAUACAUGGAAAAGGGGGCAAAACAAAAAUUUCCUCAAAACGUUACUAUAGAGGAUCCCCUGAAGUAUUAUUCUGAGUACAUGAUCGGCAAGAAGCUUCCUCCUGGAGGAAUACCUGGUAUUGAUUUAACAGAUCCUAAACAGCUGUCAGAGUUUACUAGGAAGAAGUCUAAAAUGAAUAAAGCAUGUAACCCAGAAAUAAUUGCCUGUCCUCAGAGUGGAUGCACAAGAAAGUUUAGGGAUAAAUCUGCCUUGAGAAAGCAUUUCCUAGUUCAUGGUCCACGAGACCAUGUAUGUGCAGAAUGUGGGAAAGCUUUCUUUGAGAAGUCAAAAUUAAAACGUCAUUUUCUGGUUCACUCUGGAGAGAAGCCGUACCAGUGCACAUUUGAAGGGUGCGGAAAGCGCUUUUCCCUGGACUUCAAUUUGCGUACGCAUGUCCAAAUCCACACUGGGGAGAAACGUUUUUUGUGCCCCUUUCAAGGUUGCAACAAGAAGUGUAUUCAGUCAACUAACCUGAAAGCUCACAUCUUAACUCAUGCGAAGACCCAAAAAAAGAAUCAAUGA